AUGGCGUUGGCUACACUCCGCGAAAACAAAUUUGACCACAGCGGCGACCAGACCACGUUUUACUGGUCCACCGGUCCGAGGGAUGGUCCCCUCGUGAUCCUCAUCCACGGCUGGCCGGCCAACGGCGAGACGUGGAAGCCGCAGCUCCUCGCCCUUGGCGGCCUGGGCUUCCACGCCGUGGCGCCCGACACGCGGGGCUAUGGGCGGUCCAGCGUGCCCAAGGGCGCCGAGGCGUACGCGCUCGAGCACCACGUGUCGGACAUGCUGGCGCUGCUCGCGCACCUGGGCCGCGACAAGGCGGUCUGGGUCGGGCACGACUGGGGCGCGGGGCUCGUGUGGGCGUUUGCGGCCAUGCAGCCGGAGAAGUGCAUCGGCGUGUGCUGCAUGACGGUGCCGUACGCCGUGCUCGGCCAGGGCGUCGACUUCCUCGCCAGCCUCUCCAACCGCGACAUCUACCCCGAGGACAAGUUCCCCUACGCCCAGUGGGACUACAUGGCCUUCCACAACGAGCAGCCCGAGGCCAGCGCCUCGCAGCUCGCCGCCAACGUCCCCAACACCGUCAGGGCCCUCUACCGCGCCGGCAGCCCCGAGAGCUACCGCAAGCCCGCCUUCUCGGCCAUGCUGCGCAAGCUUGGCGGCUGGUUCGGCAGCCCCACGGCCGAGGCCCCCGACGUGCCGCUCGAGGCGACCCUUUUCGCCAACGACGAGCCCGCCUACGAGAGGAUGGUGGCCGAGUUUCAAAAGAACGGCUUCGAGGGCCCCAACGACUACUACCGCAACUUUGACAGGAACCGCGACUACCUGGCCAGCGCGGCAAACGGCGGCCGCCUGCGCUUCCCCGUGCUGUUCAUCGGGGCGCAGUGGGACAGCAUCGUCGACACGACCAUCUCGAGGCUGGCCGAGCCCAUGAGGGAGCUGUGCGAUAACUUGACCGAGGUGACCAUCGAGGCCGGGCAUUGGGUUGCCUUGGAGAAGCCCCAGGAGACCAACGCGGCUAUCGUGAGGUGGUUGGUUACCAAGCUCCCUGUUCACUUUCCGGGCUACUGGAAGACCCCGCUUGUGACAAAGGGUGUAAAUUGUGUGGACAACUGUAGGUAG